AUGCCGUUCGACGCGCCCCUUGCGGAGUCCCAGGCCGUCGCGUACAAGAACUGCCUGCGGGUGCUGUCCGCGCAAAAGCUGGACUGGUCGAAACACAAACUGCUGAGCAGCCUCCGCAAGACCCUGAAGAUAUCCCAGGAUGCCCACAUGAAGUACCUGGAGGAGGUUCUUGAGGAUCCAGAAAUCAAGGAGCUCAGCAGGGGCCUGAGUAUGCCAAAGACGGUUGCUGACGUCCCAGCUGCCCAAAGUGCAGCAACAAUAGCCCCACAUUCCAGGCGUUGUGCAACCCCUCCAGUUUUACAAUCGGCACCGGACACCCCAAAAGCAAGGAGACCUCCUAAGAAGGUUGCAAGGCAGUCGGCCAAAAUGCCCAAAGCUCCACUGCCCUGCAACGAUGAGUCAGCCAGUGACGACGAUGGCAACACAUCCACAUCCACGAUUGGGACACCAGUCUCCGAUGUGGGUGGCAUCCACCUGCACCAGAUCGGUCCCAGUGGGGUGAAUUCCCUCAUCGGGCACCGAGUGGAAUGUUUCUGGGAGGACAAUGACCCACAAUGGGUGGAGGCUGUGAUCACUGAUUACAGGCCGCUCACUAGGGAGCACUGCCUGACGUACGACUUCAACACAGAGAAAGAGUCCUGGGAAUGGGCGGAUUUGGGAAAGGAGAUCAGCAGCGGGCAGGUCCAGCUGCUGUCCAGCACCGUCAACCUGGUGUCUGGGGAGACCACCACCUCUCAUAGGGCGUUGAAGAACAGAAAGUGCCAAAAGUUGCUGGGAAAGCGUCCCUCACCAGCACCCUAUGAGACCUCGUUCUUCACUGACAGGCUCGUCAAUGGCUCGCUGUCGGAAUUGGAGGGUCUGCUCGAGGGCAUCGUGAAGCGGCAAAAGGUCGUGCUCAACCAGCUGCUGUCUGAGGGUGAGGCGGCACACAGGGCAGCAGAUCCCAUGGUGCAGGCCCUCGCCCAGCGUGAGCGGCUUGAGCGGCGGGCGGAGGAGGUCAAGUCCGAGCUGGCCUUGCUGGACGGCGCUGAGGACUAG